CAUCUCUCGCAGGAGAUAAUCUCUCAUUCAGUAUCGAAAAUUCGCACAGCACGCGAGUGAUUCGUAGGUAUUGUGCGAAACCCCCUCCGAUUACGGUUGUCAAACUAGCAAAUGGACAAGUGAGUCACAAUCGAGAUUUCCAGCAACGUCGAAUGGGAUAAACGCGAAAGCUCGCGUCGCGGUCGCUUUGGACUUGCUCGUACCAAGAGAAAGCAGCGGAGCGUUCGAUUUGCACCACCGAUGGCAGAUCACGACAAUAUUUACGACGACGAGGAGCUAGUUUCAGCCAACCCAAAUCAGAGGAACUGGCGUGGAAUUUUGAUCGCGUUGCUCGUGAUCGUCGCCGUCCUCGCGCUUAUUGUCACGUCCGUCGCCCUGCUGACACCCCCGGAUGACGGACCUCGUGUACGGGGAACGCGAUUACGUCUCUCCGAGGUGCUCUCGGGUGAAUUAUCUCCAUUAUUAUUCAAUGGAUCCUGGGCGAGCAGUCGUCACAUAUAUUAUCGAGAUCCUUGGGGUGGCAUUUCUCUGUUGAAUGCAUCGGACAUUGUAAAUUCAUCACACAUUGUGUCGGAAAGUUUAAUGCCGAAUGAAACAUUCAGACGAUUGAAUCCAGUAAAAUUCUCCCUCUCGCCGGAUCGUAAAUUCUUGCUUCUUGCUCAAAACGUGAAGAAGCUCUUUCGCUACUCGUACCUGGCACAGUAUGUUGUUUACGAUAUCCAAUCAAGAGAGUGCAUAGCGUUAACUCCUCAUCCCGAGAAGGAUGUUCACCCAUAUCUUCUACUGGCGCAAUGGACUCCGCGUGGACAUGGACUUGUUAUGGUGCAGGACUAUGAUAUUUACUACAGGACGGGUCCCAUGAGCAACGUCGGUUUCCGUAUAACGAACACCGCGGUGCCUGGUAUAUUAUCCAACGGCGUGCCGGAUUGGUUGUACGAAGAGGAGAUAUUGCACAGCGGAGAGGCAAUCUGGAUGUCAUCGGAUGGCCAUAUGAUGCUCUAUGCCUCAUUUAAUGAUUCUCUUGUGGAGGAGAUGCACAUUUCAUGGUUCGGCGAGGGAAACAAAGCCUUGUACCCAGACAUACGAUCUUUACGGUACCCAAAGCCAGGAACGCCGAACCCAUCGGUACGACUAUAUGUCGCCGACCUAGUUGAUUUGAGAAAUAUUCAGACAAAGAUAGUGAAACCUCCAGCUAUCAUCGAGCGUGGGGAUCAUUACUUUUCGACCGCUUCCUGGGUGACUCUGACAGAAGUCUGCAUAACGUGGUCAACGCGCGCUCAAAAUCUCACAGUAGUGACCAUUUGUAAAAGUCCGCUGUGGCACUGUCAGGAAAUACAAAGGAUAACAGGAGAUGGUCGUGGUUGGGUCGAUACUCCUCCGGAGGCUCCUCUCUUUUCGCCGAACGGCAGCAGUUAUAUCACGAUAAGCCCUGUGAAAGAGGGAGCGGCAGGAUAUUACAAGCAUAUAAUAUGGGUUAAUGUGCUCCGAAAGCAGGAAGUGCCUUUGACGCAUGGAAAAUUCGAGGUUGUCAAGAUUCUAGUGUGGGACCAAACAAAUAAUACCAUAUAUUUCAUCGGUAUUCCAUCCAUGAGACCUGGCCAGAGACACCUUUAUCGCGUAAGUUCUAUUGUUCUUCGCAUUGGAUCACCCUUGCGUCCUGCUACAUGCCUCACGUGUAACAUCUCAUCCGGCAUAACGAGCGACGACAGAGGCGAACGUCGGAUUAGUUCAUCAAAACCGAGCCGCGGUCUGAUCAGCCAAAGCGAAUGGCACGAUCGCUACGAGACUCAGACGGAUCGUAGUGACAAUGAGCAGCGUCAUCAAGCGAGAGAAACCUUCAGCAGAAAGGACAAGUCGAAAGACGAGGAUGCUUCAAAGCACGCCGAGCCACCCUGUCAGUAUCACAACGCGAUCUUCCCAUCUUCAGGCCUCGAGUAUUUCAUUCUCGAAUGCCUCGGGCCCGGUGUACCCACUGUAGCCCUUUACAAAACAGAGAUGCCCAGACCGCGGUUCAUCGUCCUCUUGCAGAAUAACACGUUGUUGCGCGAGAAGAUAGCGAGUCUGGCACUACCGCAGGUAAAGACGUUUCCUGUGCAGAUCAGUGGCGGUUACAAUGCCCAAGUGAGAUUACACCUACCACCUGGGCUUAGGGAGGACGAGAUCACGCGUUAUCCACUGGUUGUCCAGGUAUUUGGCGCUCCUGGAUCGCAAUUAGUCACUGAAAUGUUUAAAGUGGACUGGAAUACGUACCUGUCUAGUAGGAAAAACGUCAUCGUCGCACAGAUUGACGGUAGAGGAAGCGGGGGACAAGGCUACAAGUUGCUUCACGAGGUUUACUACAGACUAGGUUCCGUGGAAGUAGCCGAUCAACUCGAAGUCACGGAAUACUUACGGGACUCGUUGCACUUCGUGGAUAAACGAAGAGUCGCUGUUUGGGGCUGGAGUUACGGAGGUUUCGUCGCUGCCCUCGUCCUGGCGCAUCCGGAGCAGAACGUAUUCCAAUGCGGGAUAAGCGUCGCUCCUGUCGUCUCCUGGGAACUUUAUGAUUCCGCGUACGCCGAGAGAUACAUGGGUCUACCGAACCUGACAUCCAAUUACAAAGGCUACACGGAAUCCAACGUUUACGACAAAGUCGAGUAUCUACGUGACAAGAUGUUCUAUUUGGUACACGGCACCGCGGACGACAAUGUUCAGUUCCAACAGUCCAUGGCACUUGCCCGUCACCUCGCUAAAAAAGGCAUACUUUUCCGGCAGCAGGUUUAUCCGGACGUAAGCCACACUCUAGCGGGCGUCAAGGGACACCUGUACCUCUCAAUGGCGCAGUUCUUGGAGGACUGUUUCCAAAAACAAGUACCUGUCGAUAUGAAAGCCGGACUCGGUAGCGGUGGCUCCGGCGGCAUGUAGUGUAAUGCGAGAUUGCGAGAUUCCAGUAAUUAUUACGUAACGAUAUCAUCGGUGGCGAGAUUACGUAAAACUAGAAAAACAAGAAAGAUCGAACAAGAAAAUUGUAAAAAAAUCUAAACAUCUCCAAAAAUUGUGUUCCGUUUAAUAGAGAUAUUUACAGAGGAUAUGCGUGACCCAUCGUUUUCUACUCCAACACUCGAAAUUGUACAAUGAGGCAUAAAUUAUGCGUAAUAUACUAUCGAGUAAGUUACGCGCGCGCGCGCGAUUUACACCGGUUGAUAAACAGCACGCAUCGACAUCAUCCAAUCAAUCAAAUAAAUCGUGUAUUAAAUGUGCAGA